AUGGCGUUGAACUUUUGGUGCGCUGGAAGCAGCUUCAUACCACUGAAGCUUCUGGAGAGGACCCCAUCGCAAAGCCAGCGUGCAAUUGUGCGACGGCUGUCAGGUCUUUUGCUGGCUGACGGCCCUACUGACCCUUUUCAGGUGCUUGGUAGUGGCCGACGUUUUCCACAGCUUUUAGCUAGGUUAGGUGAGCUUUCUCAGUGCAUUACAAAACUUGGGGUAGGUGCUGGACCAUAUGAGAAGAUCUAUCGGGGUCAUGAUGUGCCCAUGGACAGUUCGCUUUUUGCCGAGUUAGAGCCCUACAAGAGUUUGGAUGCAAGCCGCCUUAAGGUUGUUGGUGAAGGUGCUUUCGAUGCUACGCCUUUCCUUGGCCCUGAGUUAGCAAUGGCAUACCGCUAUCCUGACUCUUUGCUGCGUGAGUAUAUACCAAAGCCUUAUGAAUAUCCGAAA